AUGAACGCCCGAACCAUUGCCGUCAUCGCCGUCUGCGCCCUUCUCUUCGUCUCUUCCAUUGACUGCAAGAAGGUUGCGAAAGAAGAGAAGAACGUCGAAAAGGGGAAAGCGACCAAGUGAGUUGGAAAAGGGAGCCUGAGAACAUUGGGAGUUUCAGGGAGCCUAAGGUGAAGAAGGUGAAGGCUGAGAAGGUGGUCGUUGUCGAGGAACCAGUGGUCGCCGAGACCGCUCCAGAAGUCGUCGUGCCAGAGGUUGAGGAAGUCGAGGAAGCCGUUGUUGUCGAGAAGGUCGCCCCGAAGCACAAGGUCUCGCCGCCAAAGUCUUUGAAGGUGACAACAUUCUUGAAGAAGACAAUAUUCGUUCUCCAUAUUUUCAGGUCACCAGCGCCUACGAGACGUGCAAGCUUGAGUGCAGAAAGCAGAGAGACGCCGUGCAGGCCGCUGACGUAAGCAUCUUCCCGCCUAGAAACUAACAUCAAUCUGUCUCUUUCAGUACGUCGAGCAGCUCCGCACCGAGCUCGUCGCCGCUGAAGCCGCCCUCGCCGCCGAGAACGUUCCGGCCGAGGCCCCAGCCGCCGUUCACCAGCCAGUUGCCAACCACUAG